UUAUCAUUAUAAUCUUUCAUCAAAUUCCGUUCUUCAAUUCUAUUGUGUUUUCAUAUACUACCCGAUCACGAUAUACAAUUUGAAAUUAGUUGUCACAUUACCAGUUCAAAUUACACGGUUUAGCGUGACAAUUGAUUUUGAAUUCAGUGAAUACCAUUUGAUUCGAUUUUUACUAAAAUAAAUUUUCAUGAAAGAAGCAUAAAAAUGGUGAAGAUAUGCUGCAUUGGAGCAGGAUAUGUAGGGGGCCCAACAAUGGCAGUGAUAGCCCUAAAAUGCCCCUCAGUUAAGGUUGUGGUGGUGGAUAUCGCGGUGGCGAGGAUCAAUGCUUGGAAUAGUGAUCAACUGCCUAUUUAUGAGCCUGGACUUGAUGAAAUAGUAAAACAAUGCAGGGGAAAGAAUCUGUUUUUUAGUACUGAAGUGGAGAAGCAUGUAAGGGAGGCUGAUAUUGUGUUUGUUUCUGUUAAUACACCGACUAAAACACGGGGGCUUGGUGCCGGUAAGGCGGCCGACUUGACCUAUUGGGAGAGCGCGGCGAGGAUGAUUGCUGAUGUGGCGGUGUCUGAUAAGAUUGUGGUGGAGAAGUCUACUGUUCCGGUUAAGACUGCUGAGGCUAUUGAGAAGAUCCUUACUCAUAAUAGUAAAGGAAUAAACUUCCAGAUUCUGUCAAAUCCAGAGUUUUUAGCAGAAGGGACUGCAAUCCAAGACCUGUUCAACCCAGACAGAGUCCUCAUAGGAGGCAGAGAAACCCCUGAGGGCCAAAAGGCAGUCCAAGCACUCAAAAGUGUGUACGCACAAUGGGUACCCGAGGCCCGGAUCCUAACCACUAACCUUUGGUCAGCCGAGCUUUCUAAGCUCGCGGCUAAUGCCUUUUUAGCCCAAAGGAUCUCAUCGGUUAAUGCAAUGUCCGCGCUAUGUGAGGCAACGGGGGCUAAUGUAACACAAGUCUCCCACGCGGUUGGCAAGGACACAAGAAUAGGGUCUAAGUUUUUAAACGCAAGUGUUGGUUUUGGGGGGUCAUGUUUCCAAAAAGACAUACUCAACUUAGUGUACAUUUGUGAGUGUAACGGCCUACAUGAAGUUGCUAACUAUUGGAAACAAGUGAUUAAGAUCAAUGACUACCAAAAAAGCAGGUUUGUGAACCGUGUUGUUUCCUCAAUGUUCAACACUGUGUCUGGUAAAAAGGUGGCAGUACUCGGGUUUGCGUUUAAAAAGGAUACAGGGGAUACAAGAGAGACCCCGGCUAUUGAUGUAUGUAAGGGUCUGGUGGGUGACAAGGCGUUACUCAGUAUAUAUGAUCCUCAAGUAACUGAGGAACAAGUUAAGAGGGAUUUGGCUAUGAGGAAAUUUGAUUGGGAUCACCCUCCUCAUCUUCAGCCUAAUAUGGGCCCCACUACCGCGACAACAGAUGUCACGGUGUGUUUGGACGUGUAUGAGGCUACUAAAGAGGCUCAUGCUGUUUGUAUUUUAACUGAGUGGGAUGAGUUUAAGAGUUUGGAUUAUAAGAAGAUAUUUGAUGGUAUGAGGAAGCCUGCAUUUGUGUUUGAUGGUAGGAAUGUUGUUGAUGUUGAUAUGUUGAGGGAUAUUGGGUUUAUUGUGUACUCCAUUGGUAAACCUUUGGAUCCAUGGCUUAAGGAUAUGCCUGCUUUGGCCUAAGCUAUCCAGCUCCAAAGUGAAGGAAGGGAGAUGAAGUUGUUGUGUUAUUCUUUUUAUUUGUUAUAAUCAUGUUUUUGUUAUUGUUUGUCAUUUAAGCUUUUGGGUCAUCUUUGAAUGACCUAGAGAUUAUAUCUAUUUGAACCAUUUUUUGUUAUUAAUAAUAAACGAUUCAUUUCUAUGUUAA